UGUUUGAUUUAUUUUAAGAGCAUGUCCAUAAUAAACAAGCUAAGUUGAGUAGUGAGGGUCAAGGGACACAGAAACAACACAAGUGAAUAGAUAGAUAGGGUUACAUUUGGAAUUAAAUAGAGCAUGGCAAGCAUGUGUUACCUAUUUAUAGCUGAGGCGGAUAGUGGAGCUCUCUCUCUCUCCUCUAAAAAAACACCUAAUCUGAUCUGAGUUCCUGACAUGUCCAUCGAAUUUGAUUCUGAAUCCAUUGCCACUCCCACGGCCCAAGCCCAAGCCCAGGAGCGAUCCAACUCUCGCUGCGCCUUGUUAUUUUCUUCCUACAACUGCUUCGGCGGCCAACGACGUCGUUCCUCAUGGUGGGAGCGCGUCCGCUCCCACUCCCACUCCGCUCCAGCCUCAGCCGGUGACCGGUGGUGGUCGCGUGGGCUCAGGGCGCUGAAGAAGCUUCGCGAGUGGUCGGAGAUCGUAGCGGGGCCUAAGUGGAAGACCUUCAUUCGCAGGUUCAACCGCAACCGCCCCAACAAACGCAUACCCACGUACCAGUAUGACCCCUUCAGUUACGCCCUCAACUUCGACGAGGGGCCUAACGGGGAUUUCAACCACCACCACGACGAUGCUGCGCUUCGCAAUUUCUCCACGCGCUACGCUGCCGCGAACAACGUCAAGUCGCUUUCCCCCAAGGCCCGUGACUGCGAUGACGCCGUUUUGGUGUGAGUGGUGUGGAGUGGCCACGCGGUGUUUGGUUUGUGGCUUAGCUUCAGUCCGAAAAGGGGCAGGAGUGGGUGCCCCUUCGCGUCAUUAUUUAGUUUUAUUUUUUUGCUUAAAUUACUUAUUUUUUCUUUAUAUUUU